UUCAAAAUCUCCAUUUUUCAAACUCAAUUUUUUUCUUUGAGUUAUCGAAAAUGGCAACUGCUGUGAUGGCUUCUCUCCCUCGAUUCACUGGUUUAAGGCCUUCUUCUUCAUCAACUUCCCCAAUUCAAUCCACGGUGUCAUUUCAACCAAUGAAGCCCAAGGGAAAGGGAAAGGGAAAGGGAAAUGGAGCUCUAGGCGUUCGUUGUGAUUUCAUUGGCUCGUCCACAAAUUUGAUAAUGGUGACUUCGACAACUUUGAUGUUGUUUGCUGGUCGAUUUGGAUUGGCACCAUCAGCAAACAGGAAGGCUACUGCAGGACUAAAGCUUGAGGUAAGGGAUUCGGGACUUCAAACAGGUGACCCUGCUGGCUUCACUCUUGCAGAUACAUUGGCUUGUGGAACCGUUGGUCACAUUAUUGGUGUUGGUGUUGUUUUGGGGCUUAAGAACAUUGGAGCCAUCUAGACUUUUCUUCAUAAACAAAUUAUCAUGUUAAUAACAUUGUCGUAAUUGCUUUCUCCUUCCAAUUAUGCAUGUUUUGUUAUGGAGUUCAACUCUUUUUUUUUUC